AUGGCCGACGGGGGCGGCGGCAGCAGACAAAGGAAAUCCGCCCAACUUUUGAUGAAUAUUUGCCGCGGCUCUUCAGCGGCCCGCCGAUUUUUCCGUUUUGGUCUCCGGCUCGAUCUCCGCGUGUCUUCUUCUCACUUUCACUGAUCAGUCCAUUUUCAGGUUGCCUGCCGUAUGGGCGACGACGAAGCCGAUGACGAGGUUUGCCUUUUUCAGCCACUUUUGAUAUGGAAAAAAUAAAAUUACCUCUGAAAAAAAAAAGGAAAAUUAGCGCUUGAAAAUGCGAAAUUUUUGAACUUUAAUGGAAAAGGAUGAGGCUCAUAGCACGCUACCAGUCCUAAUACAAGAAAAUUUCUGAAAAUGUGUCCUUUUUUUAAAAAUUUGAAAGGUUUCAUUAAUUGAAAAGUUAAUUUUACUGUAUGUGACUUCGAUUUCCACUCGGAUUCAAUAAUAUAAACUUUUUUUGCAGCAUUUCGAAAAUAUAAUUUGGCUACAUUCAAGAUUCUAAUUUUCAAAUGCGCAAGUUGACAUUGACCCUUGCAAAAAUAAAAUUCAAACAACUUCAGAAUGGCUGCUUUGUGAAGCAAUCAAUGUUUGAAAAAGAACACCUGCCGGUUUCACCUCAUCUUUUCCGAUCGCCAUAAACUGAUUCUGAGCAUUAUUAAACCUUUGAUCGUAAAAAUCCCACACUGCGUAGGAAUCAAAUGGGACGGGAAAAAGUGGCCACAUGCGGUUUCCGGCGGAAAAACGGAACAAAUGUAGUGACCGCUGAGCAACGAAUAUCGAAAGAAAGAAGAUGAUUUUCGAGCAAAAAAUAUGACUAUUUCAAACUAAUAAAAACACCUUUUUCGAACAGUUUUUAAAAAAUAUUUUCAAUAAUUAUCCCGCUUGCCAGGGAAUGGUCUCAGCUUUCAGUGGGACUUCUGAAUGAGACCGUGUUUUCCAGAUGUAUUUUUUCACGCUGAUUUCAAACCUGGUUUCAAAAUUUGCUCAAUACAUCUGUGAAAAAAGUUAUGGACUCUCCAGUCAGCCAUUUUUCAUGCGAUCAACUUGACUCAAGUCUGGCUCUAUUUACAAUUUUUUAUCAAAAACAUGAUUAAUAAAAAUAUAAAAGAAUUAUUCAGUUUACGGAAUUUUUAGCUGAUGCGUCGGCUCGAGCGGCUGCUCGACGACAAAAGAACACGAAAAAGUCGACUUUCUUUCCUUUCCAAGUUUUUCACGAACGUCGAUGUUAUCGUCUCACAGGCGAGUAUCCUCAAGUUAUAACUCAUCCUCAAUUUGAACCUCUUUUAUCUAAAAUCCCAACGAAAUCAACUAUUUUAGGACGACGUGGAAAAAGAGUUCAAGAAACUUCAAAACCUCGAUUCGAACGGUGAAUGUUCUUGUUUGAUUAAUGGUUGUGUGAAAGUUUAAUGCACUUUAAAACUGAAAUGAUUUCGACAAUGACUGGUUGAAGUUCAACAUCAGCGUUCAGACAAUAUAAUAAUCGUGCCUCCUCCUCCGCCGCCGCCGCCACCGCCACCGGCACCACUUCCUCCGACGGCUCCUCUUCCCAACCUUCGGAUUCCGCCGCCGCCGUCUCGGCUUCCUCCAGCUUUGUCCAAACAAGAUGGUCUGAAAAGUCAACUUCAAUCCAUUCGCUUUCAUUUCAACCUUCAAAGUUUCAGCCAAAUGUCCGCCAUCGAUGCUUCCCCAAUGCGAAAAGAAAACUAAAACAAAAACCGUCAUGGUGAAUGACUCCCUUCAACAACAUUUAUUUUAUUUUUCCGUUUACAGUGGUCCAAAAUCAGCGAGACUACUGUAUCUGAGAACAGUGUUUGGGGCAAACUGGCAAGAGCUUGCCAACGUAAGUGUGAACGACGAGGAAGAACUAUCAAAAGCUUUAGUUGAAUUGAAUUUGGACCUACUCGACACUUACUUUGGCAUUGAGCCACAAUCAUCAAACGCGAAAGAAGUCGUGAAAAAAGUCAAGUCGAAAAAAGAAGACGUCAUCGAGCUUCUGACGCCAAAAAGAAGCCAAAACGUGGCAAUCAUGUUAAAACAGUUCAAAGUUUUAUUGGGAAAGGUAUCAGAAGAAAGAAAUCAGUUUCAGAACAUGGAAGAGUUCCUUGGAGAUCUACGAGAAAACGCUCCAAUUGAGGAAAUCGACGCCCUCCAGACCUUGAAAAACAUGUUACCUCAGCUAGAAGAGGUCCAUCCGAGAAGAGUUACAAGAAAAACUUGAACUUUACAGGAAGAAGCACUGAAAAGAUACUCAGGAGAAGUCAGUCUUCUGUCUCUAUCUUCCCAGUUCCUCCUACGUCUUGCGUCGAUUCCUCAUUACCGACUAAGGUACAUUUUCACUAAAAUAGAUUGAUCUUUUCUUUCAACAUUAGAAUGAGAAAAAAAAUUUUCUUUUUUCGAUUUAAAAAGAGAAAAAAAAAGAACGAAUAUAGAAAUCACCAAAGUACAGGAUCGAGUGUGUCUUGUUCCGAAGUGAGUUCGAAAGAACCAUGGACGAGAUGCAGCCGAACGCGGCGAUGCUUUCCGACGCCUGCGACGAGAUCAUGACGUCUUCUUGCGUGCCACGUCUUCUGCAGCUUCUGGUCAACAUCGGCAACUACCUCAACUCAAGCAAUCCCAACGGCAACGCCUUCGGCUUCACCCUCAACUCCAUGUGGAAACUCGUCGAUCUCAAGACCAACAAGCACGAAUGUUCUCUUCUGCACGUCAUCGCCACAGUUCACUUCCAAUCUUGUUCCAAAAAUGAAUUGUUUUCAGUGUGAUCCGUCUCUGGCUUCCAUUUUGACGCAAGAGCUCCCUUCUUUGCCUAGGGCUGCUGAGUUAGUAGAGACUACAGACACUCAAGUGAAGUUUUUGGUUCAGAAUCAGCUUCGAAGAGCUCAAAAACUGUUUGAAAGGUUUGAGUGACCAACGGACGAAGCUUGAAAAACAGCUUGCAAAAGUCGAAAGACAAGACUUUCGCAGACGUCAGAGAGUACUUACAGGUUUCAAAAUGUAUAUUAUGUCAAACUAAUUGGAUUAAUCUUUGAAGGAAAUAUGCUCGAGCGAGCUCAACGAGUUUGAGUCCAAAUUCAAAGAUCUGGCAGACUUCCAACAACGGAUUGCAGACUAUUUUUGUGAACGGAAAGGAGCUUUUAAACUCGACGAAUGCUUCAAAAUAUUCAACGUAUUUCUAGGACGUCUUCGUCAAGCUCAGAAGGUCUGCGAAAAAGCAAAAAAUUGGGAAUAAAACAAAGUUUAGGAAAACGAAGAAAGAGAAACAAGAAGGAAGAGGAAGAAGGAGAAGCCGAAAGAAGAGAACGUCAACGAGGAAAAUGCGUUCGACGAGCCUCUCAAGCAAAAAUCCGCCGUGAAAAAAGACCUUUUUGAGGCCCUAUCUUCCAACUCGAACACUUUAAUGUUUGUUCUCAUUUUAUUUUAUCAAAACUUUGUUGAGACUUCUAAGAUUUUUUAACCUUUUGUAUGUGUCUAGAAAUAUUUCUUGAAGAAGGUGAAACCUUUGGAAAUUGAAAGUCCUCGAGAUAAUAAAAAAAUGUUCUCACGAUGAAAAUUAUGGUUUCAGGCCUCGAAAAAGGGCGGAGUGGACUGCAGUGAGCCGUGAGAAGCUAGGAGCCGUCAGGAUCCGCAAAGUGCGGGAAACCUUCGCUCCGACGUCCUCUAACUCGGAUGAUUCACCCAUGACGUCUCCUGUAGCAAUCACGACGGAGUUGGCUCGGCCUUCUGAAGUCCGCACGGCGUCCACGUGCAGAACUUCAACCAACUACGAACGAUGCUCAGACUUAGAGUCUUAUAUAACGAAUCUAUCUCAGCCUGUACACCAAAAUCCAAAAAUUAUCAGGAAAUUGAAUCUUUAGAAACCGACUAUUGCAAAGAGCAUGGGAACCAAACCACCACCGACUGAAACUGUGACAAAGAAAGAGGAAAUUCCGAAACCUACUGAGAUACCGAAAGCGUCCCAGAAAGCCCCACAAGCAACAAUGAAAAAGGUUUCAACUGAAAAAGAAUACCAAUCCGGUGGCUCUCUGCAGCAACCUUCCACACAAACACCUUCACGACCGCAAUCUUUAAUCCCAAAAGCCAAGCCUACAUCCGCACCAAAUAAGGCAAGUUCUAGACAUUUUUUCUAACAAAAAUAUUUUUUACAGCCUUCUCCGAUGGAAGUGAAAAAGACUGAGAGAAAGUCGGAAGAGAAGAAGGUUCGAAAACCGUUAGUUACACCAACUUCGGCACCGACGCCUCGACUAGAGCGAAAGGAAGAAAUUCGGAGAAGCAGCGCUCCCGCCGUUCGUCGUCCUCCAAUGACAGCCGAGAAACGCAGAGAAGUUCUCCUCAGAACUUGGCAGAUUCAUUCAACCGAGAAACAUUCAGAUGACAAUGAAGCCGAGCGUCUCCACCAGCGUCUCAACAAGCGCUCGUCCAAGCCUCAUCAAAACCGGCACGCAGUCUGGCCGACCUUCCCUUCCCAAACUGAACGUUCUGGAGAAGCCGAAGCCCCUCCGAACGACAACGACGACGCCGAGAGCUGCAGCCCUUCCUCCGCCAGCUCCGCCUUCAACAAUCCGAGACAAAGCCGCCGGGUCUCGUCCAAAAUGGGUCUAA